AUGAUUCUUAAAGCAGACCGUCAAGCAGUCGCGAACGUGCUGGUGGAAGCCCUCAUCGAAAAUUUAGGAACAUGCCCAAGUAAACUAGCGAUGGAACAACUUGCUAAAAACCUUGUCAAUACUUAUCCUUCAUUUGGGGAUCCUAUGAAAGGGGGAAAAGGAUGGAGGAUGUGGUUUAAUCAUUCAAUCCAUGCCAGCGCCGCUUCCGGUUUCUUGGAAGAGCGUCUUAAAAAUCAACGCAAGCGACUAGCAAAGAAGAAAGUUAUCAACAGCUUUGAUGAUGAAUCUGCUCAAUAUGUUGUGAAUUGGGACUCUGAUAAUGAUGAAGACGAUCCUGAACCGGAUGAAAAGGUGCUCGAAUACCUUAAGCAUAAUUCUGGGGAGGAUACAAAGUCAAUCAUGAAAAAUACCGUGUUCCAGCGGCGAACAAUUAUCCGUCGCUUGUCUUGGGUAGAAAAUAUUUUGGAACGGAAGGAAGGAUCUAAUAAAAUCCCUGGAUUGAUUCCACGACUUUUUGACACAGAAGGAAAUAUGGUGACUGUGACGUCACAGGUCUAA